AAAUCUAAGUAUAAAUUAUUAUAAACUUUCGUAGCUUUUUUAUAUCUCAAAACUAAGUGACAUGUGAGCAUACAGGAUUAACAUCUGUGUUGAGUCCUGUAUGGUAGCUUUUGCUGGAUACGAACCUACAACACCUGUACAUAAUUUCAAGAUGAAAUUGGUUCGGUUUUUAAUGAAAUUAACAAAUGAGACGGUCUCCAUUGAGCUGAAAAAUGGAACCAUCCUUAACGGAACAAUUACUGCUGUAGAUAUGCAAAUGAACACUCACUUAAAAACUGUCAAAAUGACCGUGAAAGGACGUGAACCGGUUCCUUUGGAGACUCUGUCCAUUCGUGGUAAUAACAUUCGUUACUACAUUCUCCCAGAUUCUUUACCCUUGGAUACCCUCUUAAUUGAUGAUAGUACAAAGCCAAAACAAAAGAAAAAGGAGGCCGAUCGUGGCCGUGGACGAGGACGUGGUCGCGGCCGUGGUCGCGGCAGAGGCCGGGGUGCUGCUCGCGGAUUCUAAGAUUAUCGUAAAGUAAACGUUUGAUCUUUAGUGUUACUUUCUGUUCAUUUAUUUUCAUUUGGCUGUGCUUACUACAGUGCAGGACUUUGUGCAAUGUUCAUGACUAAGUUCUCUUACCUUGAUAAUACAAGUUACAAAUUGUGGUUCCAUCAUUGGUUUUUUGAUUAAAUAAACAAUAAAAAAGAGAAAAAAGAGAAUGGAAUAGCAAUGGUUUUACGGUGGGCAUCAACCUUCCAGAUUGCUUAAUGCAAUUUGUAUAUAGAAUUUCCAGACGUAUUUCAUAAGUAUACGAAAUCUCUUUUUAUUAUAUUUCAAACUUAGGUUAUUAAGAAAGGAACAGGACAUAAAAACAAAAAGGAUAACAAAGUUUGACGUAGAACCAAAAAAAAAAGGUAAAUUAAUCCUAGUGUGAUUUGUUCUCACACGGACACAAGUCAUUUUACAUAUUAGACUUAAAGCUUCUCAACAAGUUCGGGAACAGCUUCAUACAAAUCCGCAACCAAGCCUACAUCAGAAUGUUGGAAAAUGGGAGAAUUUUCAUCACGGUUGAUGGAGGCAAUGACUUUGCUGUCUUUAAUACCUGCAGUAUGUUGAAUGGCACCGUCGACACCAACAGCGAUAUACAAUUUAGGUGCAAUAAUUUUACCAGUCUGUCCAAUCUGCAAGGAGUUGUCAGCAUAGCCAGUAUCAACUGCAACACGAGUGGCACCGAUAGCAGCGCCUAGUUUAUCAGCAAGGGGAGUCAAGGUCUUUUCAAAAGUAGCCUUGUCUUUUAGGGGACGACCACCAGCGACAACGCGUUCAGCAGAACUAAGAUCAGGACGUUCACUUUUAAUAAUAUUUUCGCUCACCCAAGAUUGUAGAGCAGCAGGCUUGGGGUCCACGCCUGCGGUAACAGGAGCUGAUCCAUUGUCAAUUGCGGGAGCGGGAUCAAAAGCAGAUGCACGCACCGUAACGAGCUUAACAGGGUCCUCGGUUUUAACGUGAACAUUUACAUUACCAGCAUAAGUAGGGCGAACAAAUGUCUUUUCAUCUACAACGCGAAUUACAUCGCUAACUUGCAUUACAUCCAACAUUGCAGCUAUCCUUGGCAUGACUCCUUUUCCAAGGGUACUGUGUGCACUAAAGAUAUGAGAGGCAUCAAACUUUUUAGCAUUUUCGUACAAGAUCUUAGCGAUCUGAUCGGGCAAAUAACGAUCAUAGGCAUUAUUUUCGACAUGAAUUACCUGCUUCAAGCCAUCCACUGUCUUGGAUGCUUGUUGGGCGAUUUGAGAUGCAUUUGGUCCCACAACAAAAGCAAAAACGUCUCCUCCGGUACGUUUUGCGGCUUCGAUUGCUGAGAGAGAAGCUGGUUUGGACUUUCCAUCCUGAUGUUCCAGAAGAGCAAGAACGUUGAAAUAUCGUUCGUUUGUUUUAUUGAUAAAGGAACGAGAUGCAAUAAAUGAUCUUGAGAUGGACCUAUAUGCGAUUCCGAUCAUUAUAUUUGCUUUUGGUGGUGUGUGUGUGUAAGAAAACAACAGUUGCUCAGUCUUGAACAGAGUAGCAAUCCGUGCGGCCUCCAAAGAACACAAAGUAGGCCAGAUUUAAUCUACUAUUUAUAAAAUUGUAGUAAAAAAUAAAAAGGAAAGAAAACAUAAGAAACAAUUUCUUACACACAACUUGGUUACGAAUGUGGCCAUUGGGAUUUUCGCGUUUUGAAGUUCUCUCAACAUCAUGAUGGGAGUUUUUUAAGGACAUAUAUAUCAUUAAUUCCCUUCCAAUGGUUUAUUCAUUAAAUAUGUUUUCCUAUCAAAAGAGCAUGCUCUGAAUCCAAUGUCUAGCCUGAACUAUUAUAUUCAAAGUAUCAAUGGGAAUAAGCAUCGGGGUUUUCUUUCUUUUUUUUUUUUUUUUUUGAGCUACUUUUUUUUUCUUCUCGUACUGGUUUGUUUUCACUCAUAAUAAGAAUAAUUAAGAAAAGAAAAAUUCAUUGAUUCACCCAAAUCAGUCUACGAAGAAUUUAUCAAUAGAAAUUCACAUGUUUAUUUACCUGUUUGUUUACAUUUUUGAGAGACUCUUUACCUGCGUUAAAAGGACAAAGGAAAUACUCUUGGAAGCACUACGAACCGUACUUUUUUAUUUUUAGAAACUU